AGUCCCCGCGCCUUUGCUUCUGUUUCCGGGGAAAGCCGAGGCGAGGGAGAGAGGCCGCUUCGUCGGCUUCGGAAGAGCGAGAGGUAAAGGCCAAGACACGCAAUGGGCCUUAAAACAAUUUGGAAGAACUACAGAGUUUUGAUUGUUAUGGGAACGAGCCUUGUCUUGGUACACUGGGGCUGGUAUAACAUCAAGUCCCAUCCUCUUUUCCAACCCAAGACAGAUGACUUUGUCCCCGAGCCUGGAAUCGUGACAUACGUGCUGCAAGCAGAGAAACAAAAUAAAGGAAAAUAA